AUGCAGUAUUCCCAUCACUGUGAGCACCUGUUAGAGAGACUGAACAAGCAGCGAGAAGCCGGCUUUCUUUGUGACUGCACUGUUGUUAUUGGGGAAUGCCAGUUCAAAGCACACAGAAACGUGCUGGCCUCUUUCAGCGAGUACUUCGGUGCAUUUUACAGAGACACGUCUGACAAUAAUGUUGUUUUGGAUCAGACUCAAGUGAAAGCUGAUGGAUUCCAAAAACUCCUGGAAUUUAUUUAUACUGGAAACUUAAACCUUGACAGCUGGAAUGUUAAAGAAAUUCACCAGGCUGCUGACUAUCUCAAAGUAGAAGAAGUGGUCACUAAAUGCAAAAUCAAGAUGGAAGACUUUGCUUUCCUUGCUAAUCCCUCUUCUACGGAGACAUCCAGCAUCACUGGAAACGUUGAAAUGAAUCAGCAGACUUGUCUUCUGACUCUGCGAGAUUACGAUAACCGGGAGAAAGCAGACGCUGCUUCUGCAGAGUUGGUUCCACCACAGGCCAAGAAAACAGACUUGGAAAAGAAAUCUCCUCAAACCAAAAAGCGAAAGAAGAGUUUCAGCUCCCCCAAAAGCGUGCAGAACAAAUCCGUACAAUAUCAGAACGACGCGACCGAGAACACGUCCAUUGAAAUGUUUUUAGAUGCAAAUAAGUUGGCCACCCAGAUCACGGAGCAGGCUGCGCAGGGCAGCGAUAACUCUCAGCUACAGCUGGCAUCUGUGGUGGAAAGCGAAACGCUGGCGGCGCAGGACAUCCUCGUUCAGACUAUUGCAGCGAAACAGAAGCGGGGCAAGCCGCAGCAGAGCUGUGCGCUGAAGGAGCACUGCAUGUCUAACAUAGCCAGUGAGAAGAACCCUUACCAGCUGGAGAGUUCAGGAGAAGAGCUUGACCAGAAGUACUCCAAAGCUAAACCGGUGUGCAACACCUGUGGGAAAGUCUUCUCUGAAGCCAGUAGCCUCCGUCGACACAUGAGGAUACACAAAGGAGUGAAACCCUACGUGUGUCAGCUUUGUGGGAAGGCGUUCACCCAGUGCAAUCAGUUGAAAACACAUGUGAGAACUCACACAGGGGAGAAGCCAUACAAGUGUGAACUGUGCGACAAAGGCUUUGCUCAGAAGUGCCAGUUGGUGUUCCACAGUCGGAUGCACCACGGAGAAGAGAAGCCCUACAAAUGUGAUGUCUGCAAUCUGCAGUUCGCAACUUCCAGCAAUCUGAAGAUUCAUGCCAGGAAGCACAGCGGCGAGAAGCCCUACGUCUGUGAUCGGU